GACUCCAUAUCAACCUCCAAAUCUGUAACGGAACAUCAACAAAGAAAUCAAAUCAUCCGUACUUUCUCUCUCUAGAAAAAAAAAUGGCUGCAAAUCUCAUACCAAUUCAACCAUCACUCAUCAUCAAAGCAUCUGCCGCAGCCACCACCACCACCACCACCAACCACAAGUCGGAUCCGCAACCGCCACGCAAGAGUUGGUGGACCCCACUCUUUGGCUGGUCCGCGGAUCCUGACUACAUUGAGUCCAUAAACAAUGAUCAAACCAAGAUGAACAGUAAUAGUAACAGUAGCGGUAACAGUUUUUCUGUGAGAUCUGGUGCAGGUUCUGACCCUGAUCAGGGUCAGAAACUGACCAGAUCUCGUGUUUCUUCAGCGAACUUUACCGAAGAAAAGGCGAGGAAGCUUAGGAUGUUGACGGUGGAGACGGAGUCAUUUCACGAUGCGAUGUAUCACUCGGCGAUUGCUUCUCGCCUCGCUUCGGAUUUCUCGGAUCGGUCUGAUUGGUGAUUUAGGGUAACCGGAUUAACUAAAGUUCUAGAUGGUUUCUUUUUUCUUUUUUUUUUUUUUUUUUUUGAAUUUAGUAACUGUUAUUUUAAAAUGUUACUACGUAGUGAGUAGAUUUGGAAAAUGAAAGGGGGACGUUGAUAACUUGAUAUCAUCAUAUUGUUAUCAUAUACUAAUGUUUUUAUAUUAUUUGGGAUAAUGUGUAUAUAAAUAAAGUAUUGUUGAUGUCAUCAUAAAGUAAUCAUGUAGUGUUCUUGAUAUUCUUGAAAUAAUGUGUAUAUAAAUAAAAUAUUUGUUUCAAGUUAAA